AUGGACCAAUACAUGAAAAACCUCUUGGCAAACCGACCGAACGUUGUCAUCGUCGACGACUCUGCGAGGAUGCAUUUCGACGAAUCACAAAGGUCGUUGUACUGUGAUCUAUCGUCUGCGGAGUUUGAAGCGGAACCUCACAAAACGGACUCCAGAUGGAAAUGCAAAAGUCAAUUGCCAUCAAUUGAUGACAGUACCAAAGCAAAAGACAUUCCAAUCGAGAAGCCUACAAAGCGAAGGACCUUGAGACCAUCCUUCUCUGGAUCAUCAAAAUCCUCUAAAUCUAAGCAAUCAUCGAGAAAGAAGUCCUCCCCUACUCCUGCCACAAUGCCAUCCAAAAAGGAGCAAGAUGCUAAAAAGGCACAGCUGAUUAUCGACCUGGUUCAAUCCCUUGCAUUCAGGGCUGUGACGGCGAUCCAUAAUGUGAAACGAAGCGAAAGAGAAUCUCCUUCAACGAGAGCAUGCGAGUAA